UUACAGAACAAUGUGAUUGCCUCUGUAAAAGCAGAAAGGCCGGCAGAGACCAAUGCCAAUGUGGAUGACUCGGCGCCCCCCUCGGUGGCCCAGCUGGCUGGGCGGUUUAGGGAGCAGGCAGCUGCCGCAAAGGAGAUACCAGCCAGUAAACCAACAAGAAGGAAACCGCCUUGUUCCCUCCCCCUGUUCCCCACCAAGGUAGAGCUGGGCCAGAAUGGUGAGGAGAAAUCACCACCCAAUGCAAGCCACCCUCCUAAAAUCAAGGUGAAGAGCUCGCCUCUGAUUGAGAAGCUUCAGGCCAAUUUAGCCUUUGAUCCAGCGGCCCUGCUGCCUGGGGCCUCACCCAAGAGUCCUGGACUCAAGACCGUGGUGUCGCCAUUUCACAGCCCACCUUCCACCCCCAGCAGCCCUGGCGUGAGGUCCCGGCCCAGCGAGCCAGAGGAGGUGCCCGUCAGCUUCGACCAGCCUCCUGAAGGCAGUCAUCUGCCCUCUUACAAUAAGGUGCGGACGAGGGGCUCCAUAAAGAGGCGCCCUCCCUCCAGGCGAUUCCGAAGGUCUCAGUCGGACUGUGGGGACCUGGGAGAUUUCAGGGCCGCGGAGCCAUCCCAGGAGAACGGUGCCAAGGAAGAGAACGGAGAUGAAGUGUUCUCACCCAAGAGCGCGGCCUCAGGAUCCCCAGGAUGGCCUCUGCCCACUGAGGGGGCGGCGGGAAAGGAAGCGAGGAGGAGCCUGGGGUCCCAGGAGAAGCCUCCUCUGAGGAGGAAGUCCAGCGGGACAGAGAAGCAGGAGGAGGAGGGCGGGGCCCCGGAGGAAGCCCAGCAGCACGAGAAGGCUGUGCAGAAUUCCGAAGAGGAGGCCGGCCAGCGUCCAGCCGGGGAGGGGGCCUCGGAACCCCCCCACGCCUCGGGCGUGGAGGCCGAGAAUGGGUGUGGGAGCCCCACGGAGGACCGGCCUGCCGGCGAGCAGACGGAAGAGUCUACAGAGGAGAAGGAGGAGAGGGCAGGAAGUGAGGAGGAUGAGCCCGGACAAAAGAGCCAAGACGUAAAGGGGCCCAGGCAGGGAGCUGUGGAGGAGGAGUCCCCGCAGAGUCCCCCUGGAGGAGUGGAGGGCGGCCACACCCCGGAGCAGGGGAAAGGCAAGGAAAAGCAAGAGGAGGGGGCCGUUCCUGAGCCAGGCUGCAGCCCUGGGACCGGCGGUGCCCAGCCAGAGACCAGUGGUGAGGUCCCCAGGACAGAGGAUGACAGCCCUGUCCAGGACACUAGAGUGUGAGGAAGAGCCCAUGGAUGAAGCUGCUGGAGACGUCUCUUUGGAAGCAGCAGCAGCAGCAAAUGAGGCCAUCGCAGAGGCCGACUAGGAGGAGGGUCUGGAGUCAGCUCAAGACACAGGGUGUUUGUUUCCUGGCCUCUGCACCGUCCGCAGACAGAGAUUGGAUCUGAGGGCAGCAGACUUUUAUCAGCUUGAGUUUGUGUCACUUGAUCAACUUGGU